CUCGAGGCUGCCUCGUGACCACCGGGCGCUCGAGUAGAGGUGACCUAGGAAUCUCCGCGACACGCGCGAGAGCACUUCAGCACGACGUAGCUCGCACGCUCGAAAAUGGCUGAACCCAUCCGAGUUCUGGUGACCGGCGCUGCUGGACAGAUCGCCUAUUCUCUGCUGUACAGCAUCGCCAACGGAGAUGUCUUCGGCAAAGAUCAGCCAGUGGUCCUGAUGCUGCUGGAUAUCCCUCCCAUGUUGCCAGUGCUGGAUGGUGUUGUGAUGGAGCUGCAGGACUGCGCCCUCCCCCUCCUCAAAGAGGUGAUCCCCACAGAUCAGGAGGAAGUGGCGUUUAAGGACCUGGACGCUGCAAUCCUGGUGGGAUCCAUGCCCAGGAAGGAUGGUAUGGAGAGGAAAGACCUGCUGAAGGCCAACGUGGCCAUCUUCAAAUCCCAGGGAGCCGCGCUGGACAAGUACGCCAAGAAGACCGUCAAGGUGCUGGUGGUUGGUAAUCCCGCCAACACCAACUGCCUGAUCGCCGCCAAAUCGGCCCCCUCGAUCCCGAAGGAGAACUUCUCCUGCCUGACCCGACUAGACCACAACCGCGCUUGCUCACAGGUGGCGAGCCGCUGUGGCGUCCCAGCGGACAAGGUGAAGAACGUGAUCAUCUGGGGGAACCACUCGUCCACCCAGUACCCCGAUGUACACCACUGUGUCGUCAAUGUGCAGGGGAGCGUGAAGCCUGCCUUCGACGUGGUGAAGGAUGACGACUGGCUGAAAGGAAGCUUCAUCGCUACAGUACAGCAGCGUGGGGCUGCAGUCAUUAAGGCUCGUAAGCUUUCCAGCGCCAUGUCUGCUGCCAAGGCUAUCUGCGACCACAUGAGAAACAUUUGGAUGGGCACUGCUGAGGGUGAGUUUAUUUCCAUGGGUGUGUACUCCAGUGGAAACACGUAUGGUGUUCCUGAUGACCUCAUCUAUUCAUUCCCUGUUACCAUCAAGGAUAAAACCUGGAAGAUCGUCGACGCGCUGACCAUCAACGACUUCUCUCGCGCCAGGAUGGACGCCACGGCAGCGGAACUGGUGGAGGAGCGGGACGCCGCCACCUCCUUCCUGAGCGCCUGACUGGGCACAGGGCCGCCGACACGCCUCCGCCCGAACACCUCGCCACCUCCGCUCUCGCGUCUGUGAAAGCGACGCCCCCACCCCAACCCGCCGCUUCUGCAGGGUGCAGUCUGUUUCGUAGGACGUGCCUGGAAACCCCGAGCGUACCGCAAUCUGUGUACAUCUCUCUAAACGCUGGUGACAGUCGUGUACUGUAGCUAAAUAGGAAUCGUAGAUAUAAUAGUAGGAGCCUAGAACCUUCUAGAUCAUCAAAUCUGUCUAGGGUUGGAUUCUAGAGUUUAGGGGAAGGUUAACAUCCUUUUCCUGUUUCUGUGGAGAACAAGCUCCUAUUUGCAUUCUCUCCUGGGCUCGUGUGGCACUGAUCGGAACGAGCACUGAUCUCCCGUCAGUCCGUUUCCUAAAGAAUACGCUUCUGUGGAUGAGGCAGAGCUGACGUGAGAUCAGCCCUCUUGCUCUGAGAAGUGUUGUGUGGCCCUUGCUCUCACGCAUGUGAGCAUGUUCAGUAAAGACCUCUAACAGCCAGAAGAAGACAGCCGCAGUACUCCGGCGUCCUCAUUUCUGUUUCUGUUAGAAUCCACACAAAUGACCUAGCAGAGAGGAAGUUGUGUGUGUGUGUGUGUGUGUGUGUGUGUGUGUGUGUGUGUGUGUGUGUGUGUGUGUGUGUGUCUGUGUGUGUGUGAGCGUGUGCGUGUGCGUCUGUGAGUCUGUGUGUAAAGCCUUCAAAUACAAAAUUUGAGCUGUUACAUAUCCAACAUGAACUUGAAGCACAUUUGAGAUUGAAUGUGUGUAACAUGAUAAUGGUGCACUCCUUGUAAAAUGACUAAGAUAAAGUGCUGAAACAUUGCUUUGGUUUUGUCUUGUUUUGCCAGUUUUUAGAGAGCCUGUAAUCCACUUUCACUGAGGUCACAGUUUUAGUUCUGCAUUACUGCGUUGCUGCACACUAAAUAAACCAGUUAUAAAUUCUU